AUGUCUUUUCUUUUUGGGCGGACGCGCACAAGGACCAAUGCGACCGACCUGCCCAAGCAGGCGAGGGAGUAUAUCUCCAAGUUGGAGGGACCGCAAGGAGGGCCAAAGGCAGAUGAGCUAGCAAAGGUUCUAUCGCAAAUCAAAAUGGCUCUCCAAGGCACUCCCGAAGCCGAACCCUCCCCCGAACAAAUCUACCAAUUGAUCACCGGUAUGAUCGAAGAAGAUGUCCUCUACCUCCUCGCCGCCAACCUCCACCGUCUCCCCUUCGAAUCUCGAAAAGACACCCAAGUCAUCUUCUCCUACAUCUUCCGGUUCCGCACCCCCGCCGGCGUUCAGAAACCCGAACCCUUGGCCCUGGCCUGGGUGGUAGAAAAGAGACCGCAAGUACUGGUCGAGCUAUGCAAGUCGUACGAUCACAAGGAGAGCGCUACGCCGGCUGGGACAAUACUGCGCGAGGUUCUCAAGAAUGAGGCCGCCGCUGCGGUGAUACUGUACGACGACGGCGACGAGAUGGGGUCCAGCUCGAGGGGCUUGGGCGCUAUCAACCCCGAAAGGCCACAAACUGGCAACGGGGUUUUCUGGAAGUUUUUUGAGUGGAUAGAUAAGAGCUCUUUUGAGGUGGCGGCGGAUGCUUUUACCACGUUUAGAGAACUCCUCACGAAACACAAAGAACUCGUCCCAAAAUACCUCGCCGUCAACUUUGACCUCUUCUUCUCUCGGUACAACUCGGUCCUGGUUCAAUCCAACAGCUACGUCACCAAGCGGCAGUCGAUCAAACUGCUCGGCGAGAUAUUGCUCGACCGAUCAAACUACAACGUCAUGACCGCCUACGUCGACAGGGGGGAGCACCUGAAGAUCUGCAUGAACUUGCUCAGAGACGACCGGAAAAUGGUGCAGUAUGAGGGGUUCCACGUUUUCAAAGUCUUUGUGGCGAACCCGCACAAGAGCGUGCCGGUGCAGAAGAUAUUGCUGAUGAACAGGGAGAAGUUGCUGCACUUUUUGAGUCAUUUUCUAGAGGACAGGACGGACGAUGAGCAGUUUAUUGACGAGAGGGAGUUUUUGAUCAAGCAGAUUAGGAACAUGCCGAGUCAGCCUGUUCAGCCGCAACAUCGGUAG